AUGGACGCCCGCGCCCUCCUCACCUCGCAGGGCUGGCGCGGCACCGGCCACUCCCUCCACAAGACCGACGACGCCAUCGGCCUGUCCAAGCCCCUGCUGCUGUCGCGCAAGGACGACACGCGUGGCCUUGGCACGAAACAACACUUUACGAGCGACCAGUGGUGGAUGAACGCCUUCGACGAGCAGCUCAAGGGCCUCGAAACGACCAAGGACGGCAAGGUCCGGCAGACGGUCACGACGGGCAAGCUCAACGCCAUCGAAAAGGGCUCGCUCGGGCGGUGGUACCUAUACACGUCGUUUGUGAAGGGAGGGUUCCUGGAGGGGACGGUGCACAACGAGGAGGACAAGGACUCGUCCUCGUCGACGGACUCGGACGACGCCACGCCGCCCAAGACGGACGACCCCGAUCCGAGAAAAGAAACCAAGGAGGAGCGGAGGGCGAGAAAAGAGGCCAAGAGGAAACGCAAGGAGGAGCGCGCAAAGGCCAAGGCUGCGCGUCGCGAGCGCAAGGCGGCCAAGGCGAGCAGAUCAGCCUCAAGCUCCGACGCCGACGAAGAGAAGCGCAGACGGCGCGCCAAGAAAGAGGAAAAGCGGCGCAAGAGGAAAGAGAAGGAAUCCAAGUCAUGA